CGUGUGUUUUCUUUAAGGUAUCGAAGACUUCGGAGUCCUGCCAAUACUCUGAUUGUCAAUUUAGCCGUCAGUGAUGUGUUGAAUGGUUUUCUUCAUCCUAUGGCUACAUAUUCAUCAUUCAAGGAAGUUUGGAUGUUUGGAAAAUUGGGUUGCGAAAUCUACGCUUCUCUUUGUGGACUGUUUGGUCUGGUAUCAAUUGCAACUCUUACUGCCAUCGCUAUUGAGAGAUGCUUAGUUAUUUCUGUCAAGCCAUGGUACGGAGGAAUUCUUUUCACAAAUGCCAAAGCGAAAGUUGCCAUUAUUUUCAUAUGGAUUUACUGUCUAGCAAUAAUGCUUCCUCCUCUCUUUGGCUGGGGUGCUCUUGUCCCUGAAGGCUUUCUUACCAGUUGUUCUUUUGACUAUCUUUCAAGGACAUCUUUGAACAGAUCUUACUUUAUUUAUAUAUUUAUUUUUGGAUUCUUUUUACCAAUUACUAUUAUUACCAUAUGUUAUGCUUUCAUUAUACGAACUAUAUACCUAAACGAGAAGGAUAUGAAGAAAAACAAUGUUAAGAAAAUAUACACGAAGCCGAAAAAGAGAAACGAUUACAAAGCUGCAGAAAUGAUAAUGUUUGUUAUUGCUAUGUUUUUAUUAUCUUGGACUCCUUAUUCUCUUGUUGCCAUCAUAGGGCAGUUUGGUAAUACCAGAAUCUUAACACCAUGGGUAUCGGUUUUGCCAAGUUUGUUUGCAAAGAUGUCUACCAUUUACAAUCCUGCUAUUUAUGGUCUUUCCCAUCGUCAUUUUAGAGCCACAUUAAGAAGAAUCUUUAAAAAGAAAUUGCAAAGAAGUUCCAUUGAGAGAGGAGGAACGUAUCUGAGUAAAAAUUCUUCAGUUAUUCGUACAAGGAAUGGCUGUCCUUGCUUACCAAAUUAUGAUGCUUCGGAGGUUAUAGAAGAUAGCAGUUCUUCUUUUACAGGAAAAAAGGUUUAUGUCGGGGUAACUGUUGCGAACGAAUACGAAAAUUGUAAGAUUAUCUAUAUCAAGCGAGAACAAGAUGUAGCUGAUGAUUUACAAUUUAGCUGUGAAUGUGACACGUGUAAUAUGAGAAACAGAAGGUUUCAGAAUAGCUUAAAAUCGUUGAGAAGCCAUGAUUGCUGCUCGAUAGUCGAUGACUCGCCUCCAAGACGUUCAGACGGACCUACGACAGUUGCUGUACCAGAAAGUGCCAAACCAACGAUGGUAAUGCCAGAGAUAAUAGCUCCCGAAAAUAAGUCUCUUCUUAGAUCUUUGAUGUUCAGGAGCGAAAGCUCGUUGCAUCAGAAGUAUCAGACAUACAUGGAAGAUGAUCAUAUUGUAAAGAUUCCCACUGUAGUCUAUUUCUAUAAUAAUCCGUUUUCUAAAAGUUCAAAAUGUGAAACUGUAUCAGCAUCUCGAGCUCAGCUGUCUACGCAUGUGCCAAACGCUUGUGUAGAUCUUUUGCCUGCAACGGAAAUUUCUACCAAAGUGUCUUCGAAGCGUUUAUUGGAUGUACGGAAUCAAAAGUUGCUCCUUCAAAAAUGCGAGAAUUGCCACACUCAUUUGUGUACCAAUUCUAUACUUAUUGAUAAGUUUUCACACUGA